GUCAUGACUUCGAAGAGGCCGCACACUCCUCAAUGCCUCCAAAGCGGCCGGUACCUUCAGAUGAUAGCGUUGUAACUCCCGCGAAAGUCUUCAUAUCAGAAUCGAUUCACGAUCGUAAAUCCGUCUUUGUGGGCUACUUCGCGCCUGAUCAUGUAACACCAAAGGACCUUCAGGCUCGUGAUGAUGUGAAAUCUGCUUCUCACAGGGUAGUGGCAUGGCGUCUCCCGUCGAAUCAAAAGACGCUCUUUUCGAGCUCACGGCCUAUCUUCAAAUCGGGCCAUGAUGACGACGGGGAGCAAUGGGCCGGUCGGAAGAUCGAGAACCUGAUGGAACAGCUGGAUAUUCAGGGGGUAAUUAUGGUUGCGAGGUGGUAUGGUGGUGCGCUUCUCGGCCCCGUUCGAUUCAAGCAUAUCGAAGACGUUGCUAGGGGUGCUGUGGAUGCAUGGCGUAGUGAAAUAAACGGCGGCCCCCUAAAAAAGUCAAGACUCGACAGCGAAGCCGGUGCGGCUGUGGGAGCGACAGCCUCAAACCAAACUAUGAGACCAGAGGAGCUUCAACGGCGUAAGAAGGAAAUCAUUGAGACCCUGCGGCGUAGAGAUGAGAGCAUUGUCACCCUACGACAGCUCCUGGAAGAGAAGAGGGGAGUGAACAAGCCCAAGUCAUCAGCAGGCAGAGGUAAUGCUUCGCCGAGUACAUCUGUGAAUUACGAAUCCAUGCCGUACAACAGACUUCAUGCGCUGGAGAACGCACGCGACAUGACAAUCGGUUUCCUGCUCAAGGAGAUUGACAAGGCUGAAGCUGAAGCUAAAAUUCGAAAGGAGGAAGAAACUCAGAAGCAGGAACAAACAGAAGCAGCUCUGAGGGCUGAAGAAAAAGAGGAGCUUGAGCUGGACGAAGCGUGGGCGGAGAUGGAAAGUGCAUUAAAUGCAGUCAACGCUUCGAAACACGACACAUAAGUUUACGAAUAUUGCAUUGACAUGGAUCAUGUCAUCGGCUCAUCUAGUCAAGUCAAUUGACAUGAUUCAAUGAUUGUUUGACCAGAGCAUUGAAGUGAUCCCUGCGGACAGAACUCUCAGCUUUGUAUUCGUGGUUUUUCUCG